AUGUUUGUGGUCAAGAACAUUGAUCCAGAUGGAAAGAAGUUCGACCGUGUGAGCCGAAUCUUUGGUGACUCUGAGUCUUUCAAGACCGACUUGAUUCUUGAUGUGAACACGCAGAUCUAUCCGAUGGCGUUGGGGGAGAAAUUCAGAUUGGCUUUAAGCUUUACACUACGGGAUGAUGGUCUUGCUGAUGAAGGAGAAUACGAUCAACAUGUGAGUUUAUUUCUAUUUUGUUUUUAGGUUUAGGAUCUUGGAGGGUGAAUCUUCAGUGUCUUCAUUCCACAUCCUGUACUGAAGUUUUCUUUUUAGUUGCAAAGUUCCUUGAUGAAGAUCUUUCACUAUGUGAUGUACGGAAAGAUCUACCGGGUUGAAGGCGACGAUGCUGUCUCGGAGAAUGCUCGUUUAUCUGUCUAUGCUUCGUUUGGAGGACUUUUGAUGAGGUUACAAGGCGAUGCGACUAGUUUGGCUGGAAUGGACGUUGACAAGAAUCUUUACCUUCUAAUCAAGAAGAUUUCUGCAUGA